ACAGGAUAGAGCACACAUGCAACACGAAUAAAGACGAUAACAGUUAAAGAACGAAACGACAGCGUUUAAUUGCCCCAGAAUUCUCUCCUUGACAAGGUGCUCUCACUCUGGCCAGGGCCAUUCCCUCAGUUACCAAAAUCGCUCGUGCUGUUUUACCGUCAAAGAUUCUGUACGGCAUCUCCGUCCAGGUCAAAAUUAUAUAUUUUAAAUGGGAAGUAAAGGUCGCAUUCCACCCCCUCAUCUGAGGCGUCCUCAUCCUGGGCCGGGUAUAAUGCACCCUGAUGCAUUUGUUCCUGGUGUACGCCCUCCACUUGGCCCUUUUCCUCCAUUUGACAUGUUACCACCCCUAGAAGUUAUGGAACAAAAGCUUGCUGCACAACAUGUGGAGAUGCAAAGACUUGCAAUAGAGAACCAGAGGUUGGCUGCCACACAUGGAAACUUGAGACAGGAACUUGCUGCUGCACAGCAUGAGUUGCAGAUGUUACGUGCUCACAUAGGUGCUAUGAAGUCUGAAAGGGAACAACAGAUGAGGAGCCUUGUGGACAACAUUUCCAAGACGGAAACAGAACUGAAGUCUGCAGAGCCUGUUAGGUUGGAGUUGCAGCAGGCACGGGCAGAAGCUGAGAACUUGGUUGUAGCAAGGCAGGAGCUUGUGUCUAAAUUGCAUCAGUUAACACAGGAUAUGCAUAGAGCCCAUGCAGAUGUGCAGCAGAUUCCAGUUCUGAUGUCGGAACUUGAAACCCUCAGACAGGAAUAUCAGCAAUGCAGGGUUUCAUAUGACUAUGAAAAGAAAUUAUUCAGUGACCACCUGGAGUCGCUUCAGGCCAUGGAGAAUAACUAUGUUACGAUGGCUAGGGAAGUGGAAAAUCUUCAUGUAGAACUUACUAACACAGCUAAUGUUGAUAGGAGAGCUGUUGCUGGUGGGACAUAUGGUGGUGUCGCUGGGAAUAAUGAGAAUGAGACUUCUGGUCGACCUGCUGGACAAAAUAUUUAUGAAGAUAGCUAUGGUGCUCAACACGGCCAGGGACAAGCUGCCGUUCCUGGUAAAUCGGGUGCUGGUGUUGCUGCGAGUACAGUUACUAAUUCUGGUGCUAGGACUCCUACUUAUGCUGGAGCUCAAUCUGGCUCUACUGCCCCAAAAUCUGCUUAUGAUGCGUCCAGAGGCCCUGGUUAUGAUUCAUCAAGAGGACCUGCAUAUGAUGUACUGAGAGGAGCUGGCUAUGAUGCACAAAGGGGACACAUUUAUGAUGCUCAGAGAGGACCUGGAUAUGAUAUACCAAGAGGACCUACUUAUGAUGCACAACGAUUACCCGGUUAUGAUGCACAGCUACAGCGAUUACCUGGGUAUGACAUCCAGAGAGGACCUCAUUAUGAUGCAUCCAGGGGUGCCGGCUAUGAUGCAGCUUCAAGAGCAACAACUGGACCGCAUGGACAAAUGGCACCUGCAAACAAUAUGCACUACGGGUCUGCAACACCGCCAGCUCAUGCUGGAAGUGGAUAUGAGGCACCAACUCGAGGCGGAAACCACCCUGUUAGGAGAUGAGGACUUGGAUAAUACAGUGAAAAUAAAAUAUGAAAUCUAAGGCAUGUCCCUGUUGGGCAUCUUCUUUAUUUUUGUUAUCAGCUUUCUAAUCUAGUUGGCCUCUUGCAGCUGCACUCUUAGUAACAAUACUAUUGCUGCAUUCCUUGAGCGCCCUUUCUUCCCCAAACCCCAAUCCUAUCGUUGCGGGUUCAUUAAUUUCUCAGUUGUAUUCACAUCACAUGUUUAUAACUUUUUUGAGUUAUAUUAUCAUACUUCCCCAGCAAUUUUGCAAUUCUAGC